AGCCAAUAAAUUGUCCUGGACUGAAAACAUAAUACCAAAACAGAUAUCACAUCUCCUUUAACAUUUCAAAAUGGUGAAGAAGAAGGGAUCAAGAGAUAUGAAUCCUGCUGAUGCCUAUCGAAAAGAGAUGAGAGCAAAGGAGAUUGCUCGCAACAAGAAGGAACGGAAGUUCCAAAGGGAUGCCUCCAAGAUGAAGAGCAAUCCAGAAGCUCUCAAAGAGGAGCUCAAAGAGGUGUUGGAGUUGGAGGAGGAUGGGAAGUUGAACUUGACUAUAAAGCUCAAGAAGCGCGCACUGCAGGGAGCCUAUGACCUAGCGCUGAAAAAGAAAAAGGAGGACGCACAGCGUGCGGUGCAGGCAGCAGCGGUGCCAGUGUUUGCGAAUGAGUACGGUCACGGAGUCCCAGAACAGCGGCCAGAGAACUCGGUGUACUACCACCCCACGCUCAACCCGGGGGGCAUCCCCCCUCCCGGGAAAGCUCAGCGCUACCGCACGGACCCCCUCUCCGGACCGGGGGGCCCCUCCGUGCCCAUGCCCGCCGCGCCGCCGCUGCCGGCCGGCCCCGCGCCCGGCAGAUUGGCUGGCGGUCCCCCCUCGACGAGCGGCGCCCCCUUGCCGCCACCGCCGGGUCCUCCCCCUGGCGCCCUCCCACCACCUCCAGGACCCCCACCUGCGUUUGGUGCCGGCAUGCUCCCGCCACCUAUCGGCCCGCCGCCAGGCAUGAUGCCGCCGCCGGGCAUGCCCCCUCCAGGAUAUGGUGCACCCCUUGGGCCACCCCCAGGACGGCCUCCUGCAUAUGCAGCAGCUGCAGCGGCUGCUCCUGGAGAGAAGAAGGCGCCCACGAUCACAGGCCAGUCCACUGUAGCAAAGCUGCCCAGGGCACAGGACGAUCGCACUGUCACGUCGAUGGUGCCGGCGUCCGUGCGAGUGCGCCGAGAGGAGCCCUCGAUGAAGCCACGCCUCGGCCCGGGAGCCGCCGUCGCGCGCAGCCGCCCCGUAGUCGGCCCCGGCUUUGGCCUCGCGCCUGCCGCACCGGUCGGCCCCGCAGCAGCCGCCGCCCCGGCUGCCGCGGUGGCGCGGCCGGUCGCGCCGGGGCCGCCGGCUGCCGGCACGGCCAUUGACAGGAAGUACCAGGCAUUCCUGGCAGAGAUGUCCGAGCUGGGCGCUGUGUGA